UUUUGGGAAAGUACAAUUGUAUGAUUUCUUCAUAUGUUUCAACAUGUUCCUGACACUGAUGUCUUUGACUCUGACCUUGUAUUUGUAAACCUAUCAAUCAAAACUGCAAAACGAUUUCAUUUUGAUCGAACUUAGCGAGUUUUAUAUUAAUUUAACGACGAUUAAUACAAGAAUAGGGUACCAUAAACUUAUUUAAGUCAUUAUAAAGUCAUGAAUGACAGAUACUGGGGAGAACAUCCUCGCAUUGUUUGUCAUCUCAUGAGCAAGCAAGCUCUCCGCUCGACUGACGAAUGUCUGCGUGAACUUUCCCUCGCAGACGACUGCUGAUCGGUCGGUCCGCGCGUUCAUUCACUUCACCGCCUCUGCUCCAGAAACACCGCGAACUGCUCUCGCUCGUUUAUUCUGGACCGUACCUGACCGUUCGUCGUAAGUCGAAUCUUCUGUCGUGCUAUCGACUCUUUUUCUUAUUCUGGAAUUUUUUGCCAUGAAAUCGUUUCUAUCGCUUCUGGAAAAUAAUGUAAUCAAUUUUGUGAUGCAACUUUUUCUGUAAAUUUUGGCGAUUGUGGAAAGUUUGAAGCGGUCUACUUAUCAAUCGGAAUACUCGGAUCAAGAUAUCGCUGGACAUCAAUAAUUUUUCUUCACUUGGAUCAUCAACAUUUUUGUAUAUAAGAGUUGCGCUUGGGCUUUAAACUGGAUCUGUAAAUUGGAAUUUAACAACGUCUUUCCAGUAAUCAAGUGUUCCAAAUCUUCUACAAGUACCAAGUUUGAUUCUGUUGAAGUUAAGGUCUUGUAGACCUUUGGAAUCUUGUGGAUUGUUUUUGGAAGAUUUUGACUUCGUCAAGGACAAGAGUUUGGCGGCAAGAUGCAGACAACUUUGAUGCAUGUUAUUUUGACGUCGUUGUUUUUCCUCCACACAUGUGUUAUCUGCGGCAGUGCCAGUAAAUGGUUAGCGAUCUUCAAUAUGCAAGCCCUUGGCAUCAGCACCAUCAAGUCACCAGAUAACUGCGAGGAGUUACCGGGGCUAGUCAACAAACAGAUACAGAUCUGCAAGAGGAACCUUGAGGUGAUGGACAGCGUGAGUCUAGGAGCGAACCUGGCCAUCAUGGAGUGCCAAACCCAGUUCCAAAACAGGAGAUGGAACUGCUCAACCGUCGACGGAUCGGUGUUUGGACAGGUACUCGACAACGGUACCCGUGAGGCGGCCUUUGUGAACGCCAUCUCGGCUGCGGGGGUGGCCCACGCGGUGACAAGAGGUUGCAGCAGUGGAGAACUGGAGAAGUGCGGAUGUGAUCGUACGGUCGGCGGCAAUAGUGCAGAUGGGUUUGUUUGGGCGGGCUGCUCCGACAACGUCGCCUACGGCGUCCAAUUCUCACAGACUUUCGUUGAUGCCAUGGAAAGAAAAACCCGCGCCACCCUGGAACGGAGACUAAUGAACUUGCACAACAACGAAGCAGGAAGAAGAACGAUCGAGGACAACAUGCGAAUGGAAUGCAAAUGCCACGGCGUGUCGGGAUCGUGUGAGAUGAAGACCUGCUGGAAAUCGAUGCCGACCUUCGGCGACAUUGGACAGGUCCUCAAGGAGAAGUUCGACGGUGCUACUGAAGUCCAGUCCCUGAAGAUCGGAUCCAGACAGCAGCUGGUCCCACGCAACGCGGACUUUAAGCCUCAUACCAGCUCGGACCUGGUCUAUCUCGUGCCAUCCCCAGAUUUCUGCGAAGAGGACUUGAAGGGAUCACUGGGAACUCAUGGACGACGCUGCAACAAGACAUCGAAGGCCAUCGACGGCUGCGAGCUCAUGUGCUGUGGUCGAGGUUUCAACACUCAUAUCGAGGAGGUGAUUGAGCGCUGUAGCUGCAAGUUCCACUGGUGCUGCUACGUCAAGUGUCGGAAUUGCCAUCGGACUGUGGAGGUGCAUACGUGUAAAUGAACGCGUGGGACCGAGACGAUGGCGCCGUAUUCGCGUUUGACCAAACGCGUUUAACCGUGCGUGCGUGCGCCACUUAUACUCUCCACGCGAUUCGGCGUUUGUGAUUGGACAAUAUUUAUCAUCACGUGAUGGACUGUCGUUACAGAAUCUUACAGUAUUCUUUUUCACACAAUGGCCUUUCUGUAAAUCACCGGGGCAAACUCUUUGCCGGAACAGCCGUGACUCUGAGAAUUUAUAAAAACCUUUGAGCUAAUUUGUUUGAUAAGAAUAAAUGUAUGGGUUGAUGUUUUGUAUGAAUGCGUUUAAACAAGACUUUUGUAGGCUUUAUAAUUGUCGUCCGCAGGUUAUCGUCACUGCAUUUGCGUGUUACUUUAACACAACAAUGCAUUGAUGAUACCAUAAGACUACAUCAUAAAAUUCUGAAAAUGGAACUUAUCAAUGCAUUAGAAGUUAAAUUCAUUGGUGUAUUGUUCUAAAACACAAGCUCUACAAGAUAUCUGUAGAUGGUAUGGCAUUGCAAUUUGGGAAUGAAAAUGGUCGGCAAGAGUAGUAUGCAGCGGCGGAUCCGAAAUUAUUAUGAUUCCGUAAUGUCCGAGAAGUAAUUAAAAAUGGGGAUCAUACAUUUCUCAAAAUUACAUCAGUAGGGUAAAAAAAUAUGCAAGUGGUCUGAAACCCCCCCCCCCCCCCCCCCCCAAAAAAAAAAAAAAAAAAAAAAAUUGGGAGGGAGACCUCUGAAAUUACAAUACCGCACUGAAGGCACAAUGUGUUUGUAUACAUCAGUGUCUGUAUACGAUUUAAGAUAUACAAACUAGGCCUAUAAUUUGAAAAAUAUCAAGCAUUCAUUAUCUACACGCAUGUAUAGGAUUGUUCCUCCAAAGUGCCUCUGUGCUCAGCCUCGAACUAUUUACACAUUUUUAUUGAAACAAGAAGGUACUUGAUCAUUGUAACUGAAUUUUAUCAAAAUGUGUUUGUGUGGUGUACAUUUCCUUUUAAGCAAAACAUUUGUACAGUAUUUCUUGUUCAUACAUGUUUUUUGUGUAUUGUAUUGUACUACUGUAAAAAGCAAAACAGUUUUGUAUCAUAACGUCUUCCUCUUAUCUUGUGAUAUAUGAAAAAUAAUAUUUGAAACAUAUUACGCGCAUGUAGCCAAAUAAUGCAUAAUUUAGUAACGUUGAUUUUUUUUAGUCAAUGUUUUGUUGGUGAUAUUAUUCAUGUAUUGAGUAAUCUUUCAAAUUCAUUAUUUUGUCAUUUGCAUUUAUUCUUUAAUUUAAUAGGGCAAAUAAAGUUUCCUUUAUGACGAGUACCCAUUUUGUUCCUCUUUCGGAUUUUAAAAAUCAAUUUCUUUACCUCCACAUUCAAAUUCUUCAUAGAAAUACUGCGUAACUCAUUAUUGAAAUCUAUUCCACGAAUUGUAAUGUUUUAAUUGUAAAUGUAUCUUGGUUGUCAUUUACAUGUAUAUUGUACUUUACCCGUCAGUAUUUUAGAAUUACGAAGAAACUUUGUUUGUAAUUUUUUGGAUUUUGGAUUGACCCGCUAGAAAACAUCUUAAAAUGCCGAAUAAUUAGUAUAAAAAAGCAUCAUGAGACAAAUUACGCGAUAAAGAUGGCUUUAUUUACCGUUUAUUUAGUAAGUAUUACUCAAAGUAUAACCAUGUGAUAAAAGAACAAAUGGAACGAUAUCACUGCCAGUUUUACACCAAUUUUAUUAUUUUGGGGUCUGUAUGGAAAAUAAUUUGGCCAAUUACUUUAAUUUCUCUUUGAAAUUGAGUAAUCGUACAAAAUGCUGCAACCAAUUUUGAUAAUAUUCAUCAAGUCUUUAGAAAAUUACGUAUUGUUGAAAAAAGUUCAUGGAAAUUUUAACCUUUCUUUCGAUAUUCGUAUUGUUUGUUAUUUAUAUUUCACGGAUAAUUUGAAUUUUAGAUGUAAAACACCAAGAGGCUUUGAGUCUGUUUGUAAAAUGUACUACUAAAGAACAUUGUAAUAAAGCAUUGAUAAAUGGAAUUUAAACCAGA